AUGCCACCUAAGCAUAUUGUUCAGAUCGGGAGUACAAAUAACCACAUCUCGGCACAUCUGUCAUUUAGACCGCCGUGCGAUUCUCCGGCGGCCAAAUCCCGGCGAAUCUCCGAGUUAAAGGGGAAAAUCUAUACUAAGAAAUGGCUGUUCCUCAAGAGAGUUCGGAUUGCUGAUUUGGGUCCUGAUAUCAAACUGGAAACCCAUGAGGAGAGGGGAAAUCUUUGUCAAGCUUUAAGAUUAGGUCGUGCUCAAUACGUAUCUAUGGAUCUUCGUGACAAAUCUCAAGUAUAUAAAGCUUGUGAAGGGGCAGAAGUGGUUUUCCAUAUGGCUGCACCUGAUUCCUCCAUUAAUAACUACCAGCUGCAUCAUUCAGUCAAUGUGCAAGGCACUAAGAACAUAAUUGAUGCUUGUACUAAACUUAAUGUGAAGAGGCUUAUCUAUACUAGUUCUCCUAGUGUGGUUUUUGAUGGGAUACAUGGAAUACAUAAUGGAGAAGAAUCAUUGCCAUAUCCUUCUAAGCAUAAUGAUUCGUAUUCUGAAACUAAAGCUGAGGGAGAGGCACUAGUUAUCAAGGCUAAUGGGGUGAAUGGUCUUUUAACAUGUUGCAUUCGUCCUAGUAGUAUUUUUGGCCCUGGUGAUAAGUUACUUGUUCCCUCUUUAGUUGCUGCAGCAAGAGCAGGGAAAUCAAAGUUUAUUAUAGGGGAUGGAACAAACAUGUAUGAUUUCACUUAUGUUGAGAAUGUUGCACAUGCUCAUGUAUGUGCUGAAAGAGCUCUAGCUUCAGAUGGAUCUGCAUCAAAGAGAGCUGCAGGAGAGGCUUACUUUAUAACGAAUAUGGAACCAAUAAAAUUUUGGGAGUUCAUGUCACUUAUUCUUGUAGGGCUUGGGUAUGAAAGGCCAAGAAUCAAGAUUCCUGCAUCUGUGAUGAUGCCUAUUGCAAAAAUGGUGGAACGCACUUACAAUAUUUUUGCCCCUUUUGGUAUGAAAGUUCCACAAUUAACCCCUUCAAGAAUCAGACUUUUGACUUGCAACAGAACUUUUAGUUCAGCAAAAGCAAAUGAUCGUCUUGGUUAUGUCCCCAUUGUCCCCCUUCAGGAGGGUCUGAAACGGACGAUUGAAUCAUACUCAGAUCUUAGGGCUGAGCUUUUGCCUAGAAAGGAAGGGCCUUCUAAAGCUGCUGUAUUUCUUGGAAAUGGAAUGGUUGCGGAUAUACUUCUAUGGAGAGAAAAAAAGAUGACAUACACUGCAAUGGUGGGUUUGUUUGUAUUCUACUUUAGUUUUGUAUUGCCUGGAAGUACUAUGAUGACUGCAAUUUGUAAAGUCCUCAUGUGGGGAUCCAUCUUUCUGUUUCUUCAUGGGAAAUUGCCACAGCGUUUCAUGGGAUAUUCAAUUGAGAAGAUUCCAGAAUCAAAGUUUCAGUUUUCAGAAGAUAUGACACGUAGAACCGCAUUAUCCCUGGUUUCUACAUGGAAUUAUGCUGUAAAUAAUUUAAAAUCUAUUUCCAGUGGCAACGAUUGGAUGCUAUUCUUCAAGAUGGCUUUGUCUCUCUUUAUGAUAAGCUGGAUGGGGUCCAUGUCCCUACAAAGCUUUUUCGUUAAAGUAGUUCCAUUUGUGUUUGUUGUGUUCUACAUUUACGAUCGAUACGAAGAUGAAGUGGACUCGAUUGUUCGAACAAUUUUCCCGGUGGAGCGCUUGUCAAAUCCUGAGUUUUUAAGAUUAUUGAAUCCAUUCAAGCCACUUGAUAAACACGAUUAGUCAACCGUUAUGAUGGAAAAAAAAUGAGGAGCUAAUUUGUUUGAUGGUUAGAAGCAAGAAGGUGACUAUGUUAUGUUAUGUUAUGUUAUGUUAUGUUAGUUGAGUUGAGUUGAGUUGAUUAUUUGUUUUUUGUUUUUCGAUGAAGAGAGGCUAGAUUGGAUUUUAAACUAUUUUAAGUAAUGCAUUUUUUGUAAUAGAUUUAAUGAUAUGGUUGCUUAAUUUGAUUUUGUUAUGAGGGUCAACAUUUGAUUAA